AUGUCCGACAUCUUGAGCAAGACCUUCCGGGGCCUGGACCAGCUGCGGCCGCUGCUGCUGGAAGUCUUGGAUCACUAUAGGCCCCUUGCCGUGGUUGUGAUCGGCGACGAGAGCGCCGGGAAGUCAACGCUCCUCGAGAUGCUGAUAGGGAAGCCUAUUUUGGCGCGCAAGCGUCGCUUCUGCACGAAGCUGGAAAUACGCGUCUGCCUGCGACGUAAUCCGGACGUGUGCAAAACCACCUUGUUAGUGUACACGGUGCGGGAUGGCAAGGAGGUGCCUGAUGGAGAGCCGAGGGAGGUUCCCCAGGAGAAUGGCUACGACUGGGUGCAGGAGGAAAUGGAUCGCCUUGCUUCGGAGCUUUCGGACAGCCAAGCAGGCGGCAUCGUCACCGAGAAGAUAAUUGUCAUCGAGGUGCAUGGGCCAGAAGUCCCAAGCAUCGAUCUCAUUGAUAACCCUGGGCUGACCUCUGUGCCGAAGGAGAAGGAGGAGGCCGUGCUGCAGAUUGUGCAGAAGCAAGUUGACGACGACCAGCGCAACGGACGGAACAACAUGUACCUGGCCAUAGUCCCUGCCGCCGGAGAUGUCAAGCCGAACACGAACAAUGCCAUGAAGUUCAUCAUGAAGAACAAUCUCCAGGAUCGUACAGUGGGAGUGUUUUCGAAAUGUGACCAGACGAACAAAGCGGGGGGCUCUGAGAUCCUCCGGGCCCUCGCCCUCAACGAGCCUACCAAGCAAGGGGAGUCUCCUGAAAUGCUUGGCCGGGUGGAUGUCUCAACCUGGACCGCCAGCAUGCUUCAGCAGCCGGAGGAGGGCACGUACUCAAACAACUUCGAGAGGUUAGAAGUCCAAGGACAGAACGAGACGAAAUUCUUUCUGGAGGGCGAUGAGAACUUCCGCUGUUUGUACGAGCGAGGUGUCGCGGGUAUGCGCGCGAUCGUCCACAACAUCGAGCGCUCGUAUCUGAUCCACCUGCAUGAGACCUGGAUGCCUCAAACCAUGCGCAAGUUGCUUCUCAAAGAGAAGGAGGUCGAGUUCCGCAUUUGCAUGACAGGGCUCGUCCAGGACGAAGCCGAGCGGUCAACGUUGGCCAGGAAGGAGGUGGAAUUUCGCCUGGGCAAGUCUUCUGGCGUCACACAGAGAGUGUACCAUCAGUUCAUCCGCAACACUUUGCGCGGCUACCUUGCUGUCAAGGUCAACGAACGACUCUCUCGCUACCAGGGAGCUGGUUUUGUCUGCGAGGGCUGGAAGCAGAUGCAGGAGAUGAGAUCGCUCCAAGCCGAUCUGUUUGCCAUCAUCAAGAGUGCCAUCCAGCAGAUGAAAGAGGGACUGGUGGUACCUUUGGAGAGUUGGUUGCAAGCUGAGAGCAAAGUCGUGAAGAUGCCGGAUGGCGACCGCGUGAACUUGCGCACGGAGGGCGGCGACGGUUCCUUCUUGGAUCGCUUUGACGGCGGAAAACCUAAGAAGGAGCUAGUGGCGUUUCUUCAAGCCACGGGCAUUCUGCAGCUGAGCAACCACAGCAGCUACACAGACAAGAUCGUGGCGGCUUGUGUUAAUUUGAUCGAGAAUGCCGGAGCCAAGAUCCAAAAGCAAUGCGAAGAUUUGCUGUCCUGGCUCCUGGACUUGGAGAGUGGCUCCUCCUCCUGGGGUGGCAUUCAGGUUCACCCGCACCUACUUGACUCCACUGCCGACGAGGAGGUUAGCAAGGUCUCGCUCAGCUUGGAAUCGGGGCGUUUCCUGGACAACCUCUUGGCACUCUUCCUCCGGGAAGUACCGGCCCCCGACGCGUUGCAAAAGCUCCAUGAAGGCAUUGAGGUCGGCAAGGAGCGGCCCGAAGCCGAGCAGGAACUCCGAAGCCUGGAGGAUGAGCUGAGGAAGCUUGAAGUAGCCAAACGUGGCAUCAUCAGCGCUCUGCGGAUCAAGGACGAGGAAUAUGAGCAGAUGCGACUGGCAUUGGAGGCUGAGGAUAGUUCAGCAGACUGCUGCUUGGUACGCGAAGGGACAGAAGCACUCUCGUGGCCCGCUUCAACUUCCUCCGCGAGCUCCGCUGAGAGUCGCAGCGUGCAGGCCGAGGAGCAUGAUUCCACGCCACGUUCAACACCAGCCGAAGCAGCCGGAGAGGAGCUUCCAGUUCCUGAGCCUCUCCGUGAACUCAGCAGUCUUGCAGAGGUCCCUGCUCCUGAGGUGAUCGCAGCUGCAGAGGUUGACGAAGUCGAGGGCGGCAGCGUGCACAGUUUCCAGCCAGGGGACCGCGUGAAGUUCCUCCAAAGCGACCCACAGGUAUCCAAUUGGUCCGGGGUACCGACUCCGACUUUAGAAUUUCUCGCCGGUCAGGUCACCACGAUCCAUCGUAUCUCUGAGUCCAAGAAGGGCUUCACAACGCGAAAUUUUCCGACCUUAUGGGCUCCUCUAUCCGCAGUGGAAGCUGUAGAGGGUGAGGAACCGGAGGUCGAAGGAAGCGGAGACGCAGCUGUGGAGGUGCCGGCGACCAGCAGCGAAGAUGCCGCUCACGAGCUCGAAGCGGAGGUGCCGCGGCCCACUAGCGAAGAUGCAGCGGACAAGCCGUCUGCCGAGGUACCGGUGACGACCAGCAAAGAUGCAGCUGCCGAGUUCGCUGCAGAGGCCUUGGUGACCAACAAGGACGAUGCAGCUGACAAGCUGUCUGCAGAGAUGCCGGCGACCCCCAACGGAGAUUCGGCUGGGGAGCUCGCUGCAGAGGUACCGGCGACUCCGGCGACCGCCAGCGGAGCUGCAAAUCAGGCUCGCCAUCCGCCUGGUACACAGCUCCGAGCCCUCCGUGAUGCACGCAUGCGUGAGUCGGAGGACCUGGGAAGUGAGUGCAAGGGCCGCGUGAAAGCUGGCUCGGAAGUCGAGGUCGUCCAAGAGGGCAGUGGCCGCCGGGUGAAGGUGCGCCAGACUCAUGAAGAUGGCUCAGCGGAAGGAUGGGUCAGUGUCUGCACAAGGGAUGAUGCGCCCUUGUUCGAAGCCGUAGAGACCAGCAAGGAACCCCUGCCUUCGACGGCACCCGCUGCCACCCCCGGCGCCCCGUCGCCGGCGGAGCCAGCAGAGGUGGAGAAUCCCCAGCCUGAGGAUUUCAUGGAAGGGCAAGAGGUGGUCGUGGACGGCUUGAAAAACAACACGGAGCUCAACGGACAGCUGGGCAUCCUCAAGGAGAAGGCCAUGACGGAGGGCUGCUGGAAUGUCGAAGUCGGCGAGAAAAUCUACAAAGUCAAGAUCCAGAACCUCCGGGUGGCAGGUGACCGAUUGGGCAGUGUGCCGGACUGGUAA